UUGGCUGCGCCCGGCCCCGCCGCGCCGCCCGCAGGCUCCGCCCGGCGCUCCCAUGGCGCGGCGGCCCCGCGCCAGGUGAGCAGCGCUGCCUGUUGCGCCGAGCGGAGCGGAGCGGAGCCACCGGGGCCACACGCCGAGAAGUUUUGCGGGCAGGCGCCGCGAUAUACUGAGCUUGUUGUGGUCAGUUGAUGCGGAGGUAGCCUGACUGCAGAGGUGGAAAGUUUGUGGUAGUGAAAAUUGGAGAUCGGUGAGAGGCAUGCUUCUAAGAAGCAUAUUGACCAUGAGGAAGCCCAUGUGCUAGUAACCAGUUUUUAGUAAUCCUGCCGAAGAAAAUGAAGCCACGUUUCAGCUUUGCCAGUCCUUUUCCCACCCUGUCGGCUGAAUGAGAAAUGGUCGUGUGAUUAUGCUGACAGCCCAGCAUGCAUUUGGUAGACCUGUGGUUAACUCGUUCCCUCUCCAUGUGUCUGCUCCUACAAAGUUUUGUCCUCAUGAUACUGUGCUUUCAUUCUGCCAGUAUGUGCCCAAAAGGCUGCCUCUGUUCCCACUCCGGAGGUCUGAAUGUCAGCUGUAGCAAUGCAAACCUCAAGGAAAUACCCAGAGAUCUUCCUCCAGAAACAGUCUUACUUUAUUUGGACUCCAACCAGAUAACAUCUAUCCCCAACGAAAUUUUUAAGGACUUGCACCAAUUGAGAGUCCUCAAUUUAUCAAAAAAUGGGAUUGAGUUUAUUGAUGAACAUGCCUUUAAAGGGGUGGCAGAAACCUUGCAGACUCUGGAUUUGUCCGACAACCGGAUAAAAAGCGUGCACAAAAACGCUUUCAACAACCUGAAGGCCAGGGCCAGAAUUGCCAACAACCCCUGGCACUGUGACUGCACGCUGCAGCAGGUGCUCCGGAGCAUGGCCUCCAACCACGAGACAGCCAACAACGUCAUCUGCAAGACGUCUGUGCUGGACGAGCACGCGGGAAGACCCUUCCUCAACGCUGCCAACGACGCCGACCUCUGCAACCUCCCUAAAAAGACUACUGACUACGCCAUGCUGGUCACCAUGUUUGGCUGGUUCACCAUGGUGAUCUCCUACGUGGUUUAUUACGUCCGACAGAACCAGGAGGAUGCAAGGAGGCAUCUUGAGUACUUGAAAUCCCUGCCAAGCAGGCAAAAGAAACCAGAUGAAGCCGAUGACAUUAGCACUGUGGUAUAGUAUUCUGAAUGCAAUGACUGCCUUUGUGAUGGGAACUAGAGUUGGAUGACACUAAAACCAGAGGUUUACUUCUAACGUUCAUUGUAAACAUUAAGACUUUUGGGGCUUUUUUUCCUGUUUAACUGAAUUACACCACUGUUGAGUUUUCUAACAGAAAGUUUUGUCCGGGUGGUAAGCUUCAAUUAUUUCUCUGGUGGUAUCCUAAAGCAAGUGAAUUAAUAUGUAAACAUUAGUUUAGACCCAUUCCACUAUUUAAUAAUGAAAUUUAUUUUUUUAAUUUAAAAACCAAAUAAAAGCUUAAAUUUGAACCAUGUAAA